CUGAUGGGGCUGAGAAGGACCGGCCAGCACAUCUUCGCUGUCCUUCUGAUUUGCCAGCUGGGCGUGUCCUGUAGAGCUGACAGCUGCAACUUUGAGAAGCCACCGCUGUACCCAGAUGGAGCCCCAGGCACCUUCUCAGGACCCAGGAACUUGAGUUGCUACAGGGUUUCCGGGGCAGACUAUGAAUGCUCCUGGCAGUAUGAUGGCUCUGAGGACAAUGUCACUCACUUCCUGAGGUGCUGCUUCAGUGGUGGGCGAUGCUGCUACUUCCCUGCAGGCCGUUCCAGGACUGUGCAGUUCUCAGAACAGGCUGGUGUCCCUGUGCUGUCUCUCGUCACGUUCUGGGUGGAGUCUCGGCUCAGCAACUGGACCAUGAAGUCUCUGGAGAUAUCCCUGUACCUGUCUGAGUGGAUCAAGUUCAAACCUCCUCUGGGAGAUAUCAAAGUGCUUCGUACAGACGGACAGUUACGCCUGGAUUGGAAUGUCACCGAUGAGGUUCCAGCUGAGGUGCAGUUCAGGCGCCGGACGCCCACAACAAAUUGGACAUUGGGUGACUGUGGACCCCAGGAUAACUCUGGCUUGGGUGUGAUUGAGGACAUUCAUGGUAGCAUUUCUGAGUCCUGCCUCUGCCCUGCAGUGAACGUGGCCCAGGAGUUCCAGAUUCGGCGGCGGCGGUGGCAGCUCUCUUUGGGAGCUCCUGGAGGCCCCUGGAGUACUUGGAGCAAUUCUGUGUGUGUCCCACCUGAACCCUUCCCCCAGCCUGAGGUCAAGUUCCUGGUGGAACCACUGGGCCAAGGUGGAAGGCGACGUCUGACCAUGCAAGGCCAGUUGCUGCAGCCAGCUGUCCCCAAGGGUUGUGUGGGAGUCAGGUCCGGUGCGCAGGUGAAGUACGUGCUGCGUGUGCACAUGUUGUCCUGCAUGUGCCAGCCUCAGAGCCGGAAGACCGUGUUCCUAGGCAAGACGCUGAACCUCUCCGGGGCUGCCUACGACUUGGUCGUAGUCACCAGGACUCGCUUCGGCCGCAGCCCCUACCAGACGUGGCACCUUCCUGCCCAAGAGCUCACAGGGUUGAGAACCUUGAAUGUCAGCGUGGAAGGCAAUGUGACAUCCAUGCACUGGGCAGCCCAGGCUCCAGACACCACCUACUGCCUUGAGUGGCAGGCACAGGGCCAGGGCAGGAACCACACCUAUUGUACUCUGAUUGCACCAGAAGAUGAGGACCCAGCUGGGACGGUGACCCACAGCUGGAGCUCAGAGCCUGCCCUGGACCAGGAGGAAUGUUACCGCAUCACGGUGCUCGCCUCCAAGGAUCCAGAGAACCCAGUGCUGUGGUACACAGUCCUGUCCAGUUACUACUUUGGGGGUAAUGCCUCGGUGGCUGGGAUCCCAAGCCACGUGUUGGUGAGGAACCACAACGGGAACUCGGUGUUCGUUGAGUGGGCGCCGUCGAGGCUAAGUGCCUGCCCGGGAGUCCUGACGCGAUAUGUCGUGCGCUGCGAGGCUGAAGACAGCGAGUGGGCAUCAGAGUGGCUCGUGUCACCCACAAAGACCCAUGUGACACUUCAGGGACUGCACAGUGGCGUGGUGUACAAGGUACAGGUGCGAGCAGACACUGCGCAGCUCCUAGGCUUCUGGAGCCGCCCCCAGCGCUACAGCUUUGAGGUGCAGUUUUCCCGUUUGUCCAUCAUUUUCGCGUCUCUGGGGAGCUUUGCCAGCGUCCUCCUCGUGGGCAGCCUCGGAUAUAUCGGUUUGAACAGGGCGGCCAGGCAUUUGUGCCCACCCCUGCCCACACCGUGUGCCAGCACAGCUGUGGAGUUCCCUGGCAGCCAGGGCAAGCAAGCUUGGCAGUGGAGCAGCCCUGAGGACUUCCCGGAGGUGCUGUGCCCGCGAGAGACACUGGUGGUGGAGAAGGCCCGGGACACAGAUGAUCGGGCGAAGCCUCCCCAGGCUGCCCCUGUGCCCGUCCUGGACACCCCACGGUCCUUGGAGGCUGAGAGGCAGGUGCACGGACGCUCGGAGGCCAAGGUCCUGGGACCAGGCAAAGACUGUCCCCGCAGCAGCCUGGCCCACGAGAGACUCCCGCUGCUCCUGGGGGAUGUGACCCAGAGAGCCUCCGCAUUUGCCGAUCUUUGGUGGACCCAGAAGGCUGAGGAACCAGUACCGUCCACCCGGCCUUCGGGGCAAGAGGACUGACUGGUAUAGGAGACACCUAUUGCGAGCGCAGCCACUCCCUCCUGGGCCCCUGAACCGCAGCAGCUGGUCCACAAUAGCUGCUCGGUUUUAUAGAUGUGAAUACUGAGGCUCCAAGAGGGUGAGCGUCUCACUUGAGACCACUUAGCAUUGGCAGGACGCAAAUCCAGGUCUGAGUGACAGUUGCCUUUUUCUCCUCCAGCUAUAGCGCCUCUCUUCUACUCUCUCCAGCACCGGUAACCACACAGCCUGCGAGGGAACCCUAGAAAUGGCCUACAAAGGAAACUGCUCAGGCAGCUGGGCACUCAGCACUCGGAGCAAAGCUGGGCACUAUUACUGGUCUGUUUUUUGGGUCUUUUAGUCUGAAGGGACCUGGUCACAGGCUGAAAUUGGCUCCUGUGUCCUGAGCUGGGGUCCAACUCCAGGAGCACUAGACAGGGAGUCUGGAUGUUUCUAGAGCGCCAUAAUUUAGGUGACUCAAAAGAUGGGACUAAGUACCGUGAGAGUGGGCUGCAUGCCCCCCUAGACUUCUGGGGGAAGGUUACACAUGCAGAUUCAGUUUCCCUAUUGGAGUACUGAGCACUUAAUAAACUUA